GGGAGGGGAGUGGGACCCGAAGGAAGCGGGGUCCAGGUGCGGGAGAGCGCGCUCCUGGAGGCGGGCGCGGAGGGGCAGAGGUCGCUUCUUUCUGGCGGGGCCCCAGAAGAACCCGAGUAGCUGCUGACAUCUCGCCGCCAUGGGGGAGAUGGCCUGAUGGGCUCUCGGUUCUCCAUCAGGUUCGAGGAAGGACAGAGCCGAGGGUGGGGCGAGCACAGGGUGGAUGGGCUGUGUGUGCGAGUCAGAGAUAGUGUCGGGGAGAGGCCCGUGCCCAGGACACAGGCAGUGUGCCCCGGAGGAGGCCACGGGAGGAAGGGGCAUGCGGAGGUGCAGUGACAUCAUGGCAAAUUCCCAAACUGAAAGGACCCAGCUCGGGUGACAUCCAGCAGGGCCGAGCUGGGCCAGGCCGGCCUGAAGGGCCUCGGUGCCAGCUGCAGGGGCGAGGUAGGUCCGGCGCCCUGCGGAGCCGGCGCUCUGGGGGCGGGGUUCUGCUCCGCCCUUUCUCGGCGCGGACUGUGCCCUCGGCAAGCACGCGUGCUGGCAGGGUAGGGCUGGGCUGGGCUUCUCUGGGCCAAGGAUCAAGGUCUCUGGCUGGGCUAGGCCCCCAAGCGUUCCAGUGUUCCCAACAGGAAGACUGGAGAGGGCGCAGUCGAGCCUCCGCGGAGAGCGAGGAACCGCGCCACCUCGGCGGGAGGUGGGGGUCUGUCUUAUUGUGAUCCCGCCCUGGGGCGGGGUUAUCGACCUGAGGACCGCCCUCAACACUGAAGUCGCCGGAGCGUAGUUCGGGGCGGAAGUUAGGAAGCCCCGAGAGCUAGGCGACGGAAGUGGCCGCGCUCCUGCCUGCCUGUGCGCAGGCGUUAUUCUAUUUCCUUGUGGUUGCAGUUUAGGCUGCACCUAUUCCCCUCUCCCGCUCCUUUUAUCCGCGCGAGGGGGUGCGCGUACUCGUAGUCGUGGUUGCGCGGUCAGCGCCCCCGGUGCCAGCCUCGUCGCCCUGUUACCAUGGCCGGCAUUCUGUUUGAGGAUAUUUUUGAUGUCAAAGACAUUGACCCGGAAGGCAAGAAGUUUGAUCGAGUGUCCCGACUGCAUUGUGAGAGUGAAUCUUUCAAGAUGGAUCUUAUCUUAGAUGUAAACAUUCAGAUUUACCCUGUAGAUUUAGGUGACAAGUUCCGGUUGGUCAUAGCCAGUACCUUGUAUGAAGAUGGUACCUUGGAUGAUGGUGAAUAUAACCCCACAGAUGACAGACCUUCCAGCUCUGCCUACGUGUCCUAUGGGGGCCUGCUCAUGAGGCUGCAGGGUGAUGCCAACAACCUUCAUGGGUUUGAAGUGGAUUCCAGAGUUUAUCUGCUGAUGAAGAAACUGGCCUUCUGAACCACUGGGAAGCCAACCUUGCUGCUCAGUCACUCAGGUCAUGGACAUUUGUUCAAGUCUGAGUUGCAGUUGCUGUUGUCCUGCUCAGGAGGGGCUCGCUGUCUGUCCACCAUGGUGCUUCUCUCCCUGGUCUGGACUCUGGGAAACUGACUUGCCUGUGAAAGACCCAGCGGGAGAGUUUAAAAUGAACCAGAAGUUGUUUUUGUGUGUAUGGUUUUUUUAAAUUAAACUUUACUUUUUCAGA